AACAACAACAACAAAAACCCCACAAAAUAACAAAUGUAUUUACCCUUUCAUUUAUCAGUCCCAGUACAGGGAAUUCAUCCCACUUAACACUUCUACACUUGACGUGUGUUCACAGUUAUUGAUUGCGGCUUUCCUCGCAAGAGCAAAAGAUUAGAAACAACCCAGUUUCCUCCAGCGAGGGUCUGGUUAAAUAAAUGAUGACCAUCCACAUGACAAAAUACAAUGUAGUUGGGAAAGAAAAUAAGAAAGAGUGAAAGGAGGGAGCCUUUUAUGUAUCACUCCGGAAAGAUCUCUGGCUAAACCCAAUUGCUACCAGGGCUAGCACUCUGUGCCUGAGACACCCAGCUGGAUUUGGCAGCACCUUGGGAGAUUGCUUUACCAGCGUGUCCCCAGCACCUGGGUCAUCAUGGUCACUAGGGGCCAGGCCGGAGCUCCCGGCCCAGCUCAACCACUGACCAGAAGAGAGACAUUGGCCAGUCCUCCCGUGGGGGCACAUAGCCCAGGUCGUGCAGUGAACUCUAACCCUGGGCCUCCAGGUCACGUGAAGACAGACAAACCGCAGGGAGCUCUUCUUUGCUUACCUUAAAGAAUCAAGGCCAACUUCGUUAUGGAACCAGUAAAUGGAUUUCUUCGCAUGCCCAUUUUAUACAUGGGAAAACUGAGGCCCAGUGAGGGGAAAGCCAUUGAGAAUCAUGGAUAGCAUGGCAUGGCCGUUCGAAGCAAGGAUCCCACAUCCCCUCCAUCACAGGCCCCACCCAGGCUGGCCCUGAGCUGCUGGACAGAAACUUGUGCCUGACCUACCGAUCCCGGCAGCUGCUCCCACUGAGCUUGGACCACGUGCUUGAGACAUGCCUCCCCUCAUUUAAACCCUGCUCGGGCAGCCUCACACCAGUGGGGACUGUGCUUGUUCACAGCAACUCUCUCAAGCCUCUAGAACAGAGCCUGACACAGGAGGUGCUUAGUGUUUACUGAAAAAUAGAUGAAUGAAUCAGUGUAAUCCUCCCAACAGCCCUUCGAGUGGGUGCUCUAAAGAAUCCUGCGACACAAAGAAGUCUUGGGUUCAUUCAUUCAUUCAUGCAUUCAGCACCUGUGUGCUGCUCCCUGUUGUAUGCAGACACCUGGAAUAUGACAGUGAGCCUCAGACACCUGGAAUAUAACAGUGAGCCCCAGACCCCUGGAAUAUGAUGGUGAAUGCCAGACCCCUGGAAUACGAUGGUGAACCCCAGACCCGUGGAAUAUGAUGGUGAACCCUAGGCCCCUGGAAUACGAUGGUGAACCCAGACACCUGGAAUACAGCAGUGAACCCCAGAUAUCUGGAAUACGACAGUGAAUCCCAGACACCAGGAAUGCGAUGGUGAAUCCCAGACACCUGGAAUAUAACAGUGAACCCAGACACCUGGAAUACGACGGUGAACCCCAGACACCUGGAAUAUGGUGGUGAACCCCAGGCCCCUGGAAUAUGUCAGUGAACCCCAGACACCUGGAAUACAGCGGUGAACCACAGAUACCUGGAAUACAACAGUGAAUGCCAGACACCUGGAAUAUGAUGGUGAACCCCAGACCCCUGGAAUGACAGUGAACCUAUACACCAUCCCUGUCCUGAGAGCUCACAGCCCAACAGAGGGGACAGCAUCUCACCCACAGCCAGCAGUGGAGGCUACAAAGCUAGAGCCACCUCCAGCUGCAACACUUGGACCAGCUCCAGAGCUAAAGCCAUCUUCAGUGUCGGUUCUUGCACUCCUUCUGGCACCAGGCUAGAGUUAGAAUCAGCUCCAGAACAAGAGCCAGUUCUAGAUCCAGCUCCAGCACCACUGCCCAGGAUAGAGGCAGCUCCAGCCCCGGCUCAGGCCCCAGCUACUGAGCCAGUUUCACAGCCAGAAUCCAGCAGCUCGAGCAUCGGCCACCACUCCAGCUCCAGUGCGGGAGCCUCAGGUGGGCGCCACCUUCAGCACCAGCUCCUGUGCCAGAGCUUUACUGCCCCUCCCUGGGAUGGCAACAUUUCAUUUUUAUACCAGGUGCUGCAUUCCCCACUCUGCACCCACAAAAGAAGGGACAACCCCUUGACUCCUGAAUGGAGCUGCUAAGAAGCCCCAGAGAGGGACGCUGGCCUCAGAAGCCCUGCAGGGUCCAGGCUUCUGCUGAUCUUGCUAUUCCCACAGUUCUGGGAAUCGACCUUGCUGUCAUGCCCGGGGACCUCCAGCAUCAACUCUGACUCCAGCAGCACUUCCUCCUCUUCACCCUCCAGCACACCAUGGCUGCUAAACCCACCUUCAAAUUACCAGUCUCAGGGCUCUGCAGCCACAGCUCCUAACACUGCUCUACAACCUGCAGGUAGGCAACGCCACAUCAUCCAUAUUGGCCUGGACAAGGACAAGGCAACAGUGCCUUUAUUUCUUUGUCUUGCCUAAUUGCUCGGCCAAACUUCCAUCGCGAUGUUGGAGUGAAGUGCUGAAAGCAGGCAUCCUCGUCUUGUUCAUCUUAGGCGGAAAGCUCUCAGUCUUUCACCACCGAGUCACAAUCAGGACACUCAAAUCCAGAAGGUGGAGACCACCUGCUCAAGUCCUGCAGCCAGUGUGGAACCCUGGCAGAGUUUGGGUCCCUGAAAGCAGACAAGGAUUUGGGGACACGUCAUUUGUUACAGAUGAUCCCAAGAUGCCUGAGUGAGGACGUGGGAAGGAAGCCAGUGCUCAGAGAGGGAAACGGUCAUGACUAAAGUCUCUCAGCCAGAGAGCGGUGCAGCUGUGGUUCCUGCCCAGCUCGGGCUGCCUCGGCACAGAGCCUGAAGCAAAUGCACCAGGAGCUUUGUAAGUAGAAAAACCCCAGCACAGCCAGGGGCUGCAUCCUCUCUGCCUCCCUGGGGUCUCCACACGCAUCCCGCUUGUGAGAGGCAGGAGUAAGCGGCCUCCUCGGGCCAGGAAAGCUCAGCCAGGAGGGCACCUGGUGCCUGAGAGGUAACCAUAGUGCCUGGUCAAGCUCGGAGCAGCGGGCUGGGUGAGGGAGCUGCGGGCUGGGUGAGGGAGCAGCGGGCUGGGUGAGGGAGCAGCGGGCUGGGUGAGGGAGCAGCGGGCUGGGUGAGGGAGCAGCGGGCUGGGUGAAGGAGCUGCUUAGUACAGCCAAGCCAGAUGCGGGUGCAGUCAUCUACCAGCUGCCAUCAGUGUGCACCAGAGUCUGGAGAGCAAACCGUGUCAUCUGCAACCGAGCCUCUGAGGUGGAGAACGCGGUUCCCCCAUGCUCCAAGUGGGAAAUGGAAGCACCUCCUGGCCAGUCACAAGAUCCCCAUUUUAGGAGUCCUGCCCCAUACCCUGGAGGAAGGAAUGCUGCAGGGAGAAGCCAAGAAGAAUCUGCACAGACAGGCCUUGUUCCAAGGCCAAGGGGAACCAAGAUCAAUGUCUGGGUCCAAAUUGAGCUUUGCAGAGAUGCCUGCCGACCACUCAGGAGAGCACUGGCUCUUGUUCCAGACAGAAGCUUCUCCUAAGCCCUCCAGGAUUACCAGUGGGAAGACAGGUCACUUCUUUGUCUGCUUCAGAAGAUCAAGACCAAUUUAUGGAGAAACUGAAAGAUGGAUGUCCUCACAAGCCCAUUUUCCAGAUGAAAAGCUGAGGCCCAGUGAGGGGAAUGGCCACAGAGGGACAUUGGAUAGCCUGGCCCCUUCAUUUCGCCUUCCUGUCCCUCCCCUCCCGCACCCUUCCUAGGAGAGGUUUUUGCUACGAAAACCUUCUACCCCAUGCGCCGACCGACCUCUGGUGAGCUGCAAGAGGGUCUCUCCUGGGGUCCCAGAGUCCCUGGGAUGGACACGAGCAGCCCUUCGUGGAAGGGAUAAUGCAACCGCGACAGGCCGUGGGAAGAAAGUGCUGCCAGUCCCAUUUCACAGAAGAGGACGCGGAGGCUCCGGGUAAUUCUGGGAGCCACUCACUUGUGUCCCCUCGCUGGGUAGGGGCGCCUGGCUCAGAGGCCCUGAGCAAAGGAGGACAGAUCCUAAACCGGACAGCAAGCUGCGUCCAGCUGGUUCUCCUUUUCCGUGACUGUUUCAAAGCUCUUAUAAACAAGCCUCGCGCGCGGCCCCGCUGCCUGCCCUGCUCCAGGCUCCACCUGCGCCGCCGAUGGCCUGGGUAUCGCGGGGGCCCAGGCCAGCUGAGUCCGUUUUCCGCGCCGGGGUGGCGCCCCUCCAUCCGUCCUAACGCCGGUCCGGCAGCAAGGAGUGUUCCUGGGACCUCAGAGACCAGGCUCAGAGCCUGACAUCCCUGCGAGGGGACAGCCUCAUCCACCCAGGCCGGCGGGGUCUCUUCAGGUGCCCAGGCUUAGAUGCAGCCCCCAGCAAUGCAUCGCCGGAGACUGGCCCUGGGUCUGGGUUUCUGCCUGUUGGCGGGCAUAAGUCUCAGUGUCCUGUGGGUGUAUCUUGAGAACUGGCUGCCAGUCUCCUAUGUCCCCUAUUAUCUCCCCUGCCCAGAGAUCUUCAACAUGAAGCUGCACUACAAGAGGGAGAAGCCACUCCAGCCCGUGGUAUGGUCACAGUACCCGCAGCCCAAGCUGCUGGAGCACAGGCCCACACAGCUGCUGACACUCACACCCUGGUUGGCGCCCAUCGUCUCUGAGGGAACCUUCAACCCAGAGCUUCUGCAGCACAUCUACCAGCCACUGAACCUGACCACUGGGGUCACAGUGUUUGCCGUGGGGAAUCCUUCCUGGAGUCGGCCAAGGAGUUCUUCAUGCGUGGGUACCGGCUGCACUACUACAUCUUCACUGACAACCCUGCAGCCGUUCCCGGGGUCCCGCUGGGUCCCCACCGUCUCCUCAGCACCAUCCCCAUCGAAGGUCACUCCUAGUGAGAGGAGACAUCCACGCGCCGGACGGAGACCAUCAGCCAGCACGUUGCUAAGAGGGCUCACCAAGAGGUGGACUACGUCUUCUGCCUUGAUGUGGACAUGGUGUUUCAGAACCCGUGGGGCCCUGAGACACUGGGAGACCUGGUGGCUGCCAUUCACCCAAGCUACUACGCCAUUCCCCGCCAGCAGUUCCCCUAUGAGCGCAGGCGUGUUUCCACUGCCUUUGUGGCAGACAGCGAAGGGGACUUCUAUUAUGGUGGGGCAGUCUUCGGGGGGCAGGUGGCCAGGGUAUAUGAGUUUACCAGGGGCUGCCACAUGGCCAUCCUGGCAGACAAGGCCAAUGGCAUCAUGGCAGCCUGGCGGGAGGAAAGCCACCUGAACCGUCGCUUCAUCUCAAACAAGCCGUCCAAGGUGCUGUCCCCUGAGUACCUCUGGGACGACAGGAAGCCCCAGCCACCCAGCCUGAAGCUGAUCCGCUUUUCUACACUGGACAAGGAUAUCAGCUGCCUGAGGAGCUGACGGCUGCCAUGGAUGGGGACCCAAAGACCUGCAGCCACCAGUGCUUCACUAGCGUGCAGACCAGCCCUGUCCCACCUCCCUCUGUCAGUCAGGCGAGUUCCACCGGAAAAGGGAUGUGGAAAGGCCACUGUGAACUGCAGAGGGCUAUGCACACAGUAGCACACAAGAUCUCACCGUAAUGCGGCAUAGGAACGGUGAGACAGGGGGAGGCGAGGCGCAGUGACGAAGGCAGGGCCCGGCAGGCUUGCCGCGUUCUGCAGCCGUGCCUUUGUGGGGCAGGCUCUGAAGCCUCAGCCCGACUCAGAGUGCCAGAACCCUGCCGCGCCAGUCCCCCGCUUAUUACAUAUUGCCCUUAACGUAGCACUUCUAAUACCCUAGUAUGAAGGCGCCCUAGACCCCUUUUCUCUGGUGACAGGGGUCCUGGGUCCCUUGAUGUCUCCCAACCACAUGUAGCCAAUUCCUCACUCAGGCCCCCAGAGCCAGCCUUUGAAAUGGAGCAGGUCUAGGCUCCCUCUGGUUUCCUGCACCCCAAAGUGAGCCACACUCUCAGGGGACUAGCCAUCUCCUUCUUAAGAGGGUUUGGGGCAGUUUUAUAUUAAAGGGGGUGUGUGCUCAACCCUAGCUAGGGUGA